AUGGAGCUGGUGUUGCAUGCUGGCAGUGGAAACAAGAAUGCGUUUAAGGCACUCAUUGCCGCUGAAUACAGCGGCGUCAAUGUUGAGCUGGUGAAGGACUUUCAGAUGGGUGUCUCCAACCAUACUCCAGACUUUCUCAAGAUGAAUCUUAUCGAAAAGGUUCCUCUUCUUGAGACUCCUGACGGUCCUGUUUUUGAGAGCAAUGCCAUCGCACGAUAUGUUGCUCGCAUGAAGGCUGACAACCCACUUUACGGAUCUUCACUGAUGGAAUACGCGCACAUUGAGCAAUGGAUUGACUUUUCUGCCACGGAGGUUGAUGCUAACAUUGGAAAAUGGCUGUACCCACGUCUAGGAUUCUACCCAUAUGUUGCUGUGAUAGAGGACACAUUUAUUACUGCCUUGAAGAGAGCGUUGGGUGCCCUUGACACACACCUUGCAUCAAACACGUAUCUUGUUGGGCAUUCCGUGACUCUUGCUGAUAUUGUGAUGGCAUGCAACCUUUACCAUGGCUUCACUCGGAUCAUGACCAAGAGUUUCACAUCCGUGUUCCCUCACGUGGAAAGGUACUUCUGGACCAUGGUUAACCAGCCAAACAUGAAGAAGGUCAUGGGGGAUGUGAAGCAGGCAGAGUCCGUCCCACCAGUUCAAAAGAAGGCUGCGGCACCAAAGGAGCAAAAGCCCAAGGAUGCCAAGAAGGAAGCAAAGAAGAAGGAAGCCAAGAAGGAGGCCCAGAAGCCAGAGCCAGUUGAGAAAGCAGAGGAGGAAGAGGAGGCACCAAAACCAAAGCCAAAGAAUGCUCUUGAUUUGCUUCCUCCAAGCAAAAUGAUCCUUGAUGAAUGGAAGAAGCUGUACUCCAACACCAAGACCAACUUCCGGGAGGUUGCCAUAAAAGGCUUCUGGGACAUGUAUGACCCGGAGGGCUACUCCCUGUGGUUCUGCGACUUCAAGUACAACGAGGAGAACACCGUGUCCUUCGUGACCAUGAACAAGGUGGGUGGGUUCCUGCAGCAGAUGGACUUGUGCCGCAAGUACGCCUUCGGCAAGAUGCUUGUGAUAGGCUCCCAGCCACCUUUCAAGGUCAAGGGGCUUUGGCUCUUCCGUGGCCCUGAGAUCCCCCAGUUUGUCAUGGACGAGGUGUACGACAUGGCCCUCUAUGACUGGGCAAAGGUUGAUCUCUCUGAUGCGGCGCAGAAGGAACGCGUCAGCGCCAUGAUCGAGGACCUCGAGCCGUUUGAGGGCGAGGCGCUGCUGGACGCGAAAUGCUUCAAGUGA